CAGCAGUUCAACGUCCCGUCAUCCAUGACAGUCUCGGGCAGAUAGAGGAAAUAUGGCAUUACCUUCGGGUCUUGACUCUCAGAUAUUUAUAAUUGGAUGCGGCAUUUCGGGAAUCGGUGCUGCUCAGAAAUUACUAAAACACGGUUUUAGUAAUGUACGCAUCAUAGAAGCGACUGCAAGAAGCGGUGGAAGAAUACGAACAGGCAGGCUGGGGUGGUCGGGCCUUCUCCACUGCAGUUCCCAAACUUUGGAACAGCCUGCCCUUUCAUGUGAUAACAUUGUAGAGAUCGGUGCUAACUGGAUCCAUGGCCCAUCAAAGGAGAACCCAGUGUUUCGCUUGGCAUGUGACUACCAACUCCUUGACAAAGAGUCAAUGUCUGAAGAAAACCAGGCGAUUGACAUGGGUGGACAUCCACUAUUUGUUCCCAACUGGUUUACCAGUUCAGGUCGGAAACUGAGGCCUGAGACGAUGGCGCCAGCAGUGGAGUUUUUCAUGAAAUUACUGGAAAGAAGUCAGCAGUUCUAUGAAAGUGGUGGAGAGCCUCUACCAAGUGUUGGAGAGUUUCUCAAGGCAGAAGCAGAACGGCUGGCUCCAGAGGAGUGGAAGGAAGACCAGGCUAACAUAAAGAUACGAAUGGCCAUGAUAAACACACUGCUAAAGGUGGAGUGCUGUGUCAGUGGAACACAUACAAUGGAUGAUGUGGGCUUGGGAGCCUUUGGCAUGUACAAGACACUUCCAGGACUGGACUGCACUUUCCCAGGGGGUUAUGAAAGUUUAAUUGAUCACAUGAUGAAGGAACUUCCCAAGGACAUAGUCUUGUACAAUAAGCCAGUAAAGUGCAUUCACUGGAACUACACAAAAAAUGGACCAGACACUAAAGGAACGUCAUUCCCUGUUACAAUUGAAUGUCUUGAUGGAAAGACAUUUGCAGCAGACCAUGUCAUUGUCACGGUCCCUUUGGGAUACCUGAAGAAGCACCAGGACACUUUUCUGAGCCCUUCUCUUCCACAGCACAAACUGCACUCCAUUCAGAGAAUGGGCUUUGGGACCAACAACAAGAUCUUUCUGGAGUUUGAGCAGCCUUUCUGGGAGGAAGACUGUGAAUUGAUCUACCUUGUAUGGGAGGAUGAGACCGAUCUUGCAGAUGUUGUUUCUGAUGUAAAGAUGUCCUGGAUUAGAAAGUUGUUUGGGUUCACUGUGCUGAAGCCCGCUGAGAGAUUUGGAAACGUCCUCUGUGGUUGGAUAGCGGGGCAUGAAUCUGAAUACAUGGAAACUCUUUCUGAAUUUGAAGUGCUGCAAAGUGUCACACAGCUCCUUCGCAAAUUUACAGGAAAUCCAACUAUUGCACCAAGAAAGCUCCUGAGGUCGCAGUGGUUCCAUAAUCCUUAUUCCUUUGGAUCUUACACCUAUGUGGCCAAAGGUUGCUCAGGAUAUGACAUAGAUAACCUUGCUAAACCCCUACCUUUGAAAGACUCAAAUGCUAAGCCUUUGCAGGUGUUAUUUGCAGGAGAGGCCACACACAGGUCUUUCUUCUCUACAGUGCAUGGAGCAUUGUUAACUGGCUGGAGAGAAGCAGAGCGUCUUGUAUCUCUCUACACUCCUGCAUCAGGGUCACUUUCAUCUAAGCUGUGAAAAUGGCUGUGAUGUUCUAAAAAUAAGAGCUGAAAAGCUUGACGCCAGUGAUAAUUACACUAUGUAACACAGUUUUUGUUCCUGGGUAGUAAGUGUUAUUUCCUAAUUGCUUAUGCCUCAAAAGUAUAGAAAAUGGCUAUUAUUCCCCACAAACUUGCUUUUGUGACCAGGACAGUGAUAUUUUGAAAUUUACCUAUUUCCAUUGAGAAAACAGGUGAAUGUGUGUCUUUUUGUUCAAAUAAAGUCAGAAAAACAACAUAUGAAUCUAAAUUAACAUGUAGUUAUACUAAAGUAAUACAAAAAUGACAAUAAAAGAUUUAGGAGUAGUAUUUCGAGAUUUACGAUUAUACUGUAAAUCACUUUCACGAAUCAGCCCACAAAUGUACUCAUCAUCCUUCAAGGCAUCCAGCAAGUUCUUGAUGCUGUUGUAAUCCUCUUUGAGGUGCACCGAGUCAGCCAGGGGAAGAGACGGGUACUUGUUACCAUUAUGGAGCAGCAUGGCUUUGAGGCUCCUGGAUGAGCUGUCAUUGAAGAGGCGCCACUCAUUCUGGUUACAGGCGAUUCCGAUUGCCUCGAACAGACUGACACAUUGUGGCAGAAGCAGAGCCAAUCUUGAUGGGUGAAGAAGCUGGAAAAAAGGUUGGUGACGCUUCCUCUGAUCUGCGACUUGCACACUUUCAUCCAACAAGUUCCACUGCUUGAGCCUAGACGUCAAAAGCUCGGCGUUGGACUUGGUGAGACAAAGUUCUCGAAUCAACUCGUUGAGGUCUUUUUGGUUAGGGUAGUAUGGGUUUCUCUCUUCAGCUCCACCUCUGAAAUUGUCAUCUGGAUCUACAACGUCUUCCUCGCUCUCUGACUUGCUGCUCUCUUCUAAAGACAGCUGCUCUCUCUCCUGAGGAGUGGGUACGGGACGAUGGAUGAAGGAAGGUCCGGAUACGUGGUAGCAGGUGCAUUCUUGCCAGCCCGACGUUUGGAAGGGUCCACCAUGCAGAAGUAGCAGUUGCUUGAGUGGUCCGUGGGUUCCCGCAAAAUUCUUGGGAUAGCGAGCUUCAUGACUCUCUUUCCCCUCUGCACCAUCCAACAAAAAACAUUUAUUUCACCCAUGACUAAUGUGUAAGACAUUUUUCAUAUAUGAUAUAUUUUUUCAAUAACAUUGAAAAUUGUAAAACAUUUUAAAAUUAAAAACUUUUACAAUUUUAAAAAUUAACACAUUUUAUAAUAAAAUUCCGAGCAACAAUUAUCCAUCUUACCUUACAGAGUUUUGUUGCAGUGCUCGCAGGUGAAAUGAGGUGCCCAGGGUUUGUCUUGAUCCCCAACAGGCAUGCCGAAAUAUGCCUUGUAGGCCUCACACAUCUUAGCAGAUGCUUCCACGGAGUACUUUUUCACACUUGUCUUGAUAAAUUGGCCACAAACAUAGCAAAAUGUGUCUGCCGGAUGCUUGCAGCCUCUUGAUGCCAUCUCAGAAAAUGUAUCCACUUAGGCAGCUGGAACUAUACUGAACUGGUGGGCUUAAGGCCCCUGUAUUUAUACUACUAUUUAUAUUACUUGAAAGUUCUAGAAGUUACUCCAAGUUUACUCAGCACUGAAUCUAUCUGGAAUGUUCUGGAAAAUAGGUAAAUUUCAAAAUAUCACUGUCCUGGUCACGGAGGCAAAGUUUGUGGGGAGUAAUAGCCAUUUUCUAUACUUUUGAGGCAUAAGCAAUUGGGAAGUAAUACUUACUACCCAGGAACCAAAAAAAAAAAAAAAAAGAAUUUGUUACAUGGUGUUAUUAGAUCCAAUGGGUUUUGUGCCUAAAAAAAUAAAUAAAAAGGAAAAUCUGAAUGUAAUGACUGUAAAUUACUUAAGGCCUCAUGAUUGUGUUGCAUGCAAAAUGUGUAGGCCUACCAUGCCAUCCACUUUCAUGUCAACUCAUUCAAAAAAAAAAAAAAAUUAAUUAGGUAUAUCAGAAUUUCAGUGUUUGACUAAAUGCCUACACUUUGCACAGAUGUUAAUUGUUUUGUGAUCUGUAAAUAAAUUUUAUUAAACAUAUUUUCUUACAA